GACGGCAAUGGAUCGCAUUGCUCAAAUGGCGGCGAACGUAAUGGAUAGCAUCGCUCUAAUGGCGGCGACAGCUGUGCCCGUUCACAAAAUGGCGGCCGCGUCGGAGCGCGUCCACACAAUGGCGGCAACGGCGGAGCCCGUUCACAAGAUGGCGGCGAUCACAGAGCUCCGUCACGUCACAGCUGCCAUACAAGAGCCGUUUAAAGGUACAGUUACAUUCCCUGAGUCAAGUCAAGUUGCAACUGUGUUUCCUGAGUCAAGCCAUGUUGUUCCUGAGUCAAGCCAUGUUGUUCCUGAGUCAAGCCAUGUUGUUCCUGAGUCAAGCCAUGUUGUUCCUGAGUCAAGCCAUGUUGUUCCUGAGUCAAGCCAUGUUGUUCCUGAGUCAAGCCAUGUUGUUCCUGAGUCAAGCCAUGUUGUUCCUGAGUCAAACCAAGCUGGAGCUGUGUCAAACCAAGCUGGAGCUGUGUUUCCUGUCUCAAGCCAAGUUACAGAGCCACCGCACAAGAUGGCCGCCACGCCAGAGCCACCGCACAAGAUGGCCGCCACGCCAGAGCCACCGCACAAGAUGGCCGCCUCGCCAGAGCCACCGCACAAGAUGGCCGCCACGUCAGAGCCGGCUAAAGCCCCGUCAGCCAAGCCACAGCCUGCUCAGGCCAUCUCAGUCAAGCCACAGCCUGGUCACGUCAUGUUUUCUGCUCCUGAGUCGGCACCCAUCAUGGCCGGUCUUCCCGAAGCGGUUUCAGAGUCAAGUCACGUCCCGUCUGGUCCCAAGUCUGCUCCAGAGCUCCCGUCAGUUGGAGAAGCCGCGCCAAUGCCUCCUGAGGUGUCAGCCGUGGCUGUGGAUCCUCCCUUGGAGGUGGCGCCCCCCUACAAACUCUCUGCUUCUUCCCUCAUUCUGUCUGCCUCCUCUGUCACUGUUCUCCCCAGGUCCCAGUCUAUUAUGCGGGUUCCUGCUCAGCCCUGGUGGGCUCUGGCGCCUCCUGUUCCGCCCUGGAGGGCCUCGGCGCCUCCUGUUCCGCCCUGGAGGGCCUCGGCGCCUCCUGUUCCGCCCUGGAGGGCCUCGGCGCCUCCUGUUCCGCCCUGGAGGGCCUCGGCGCCUCCUGUUCCGCCCUGGAGGGCCUCGGCGCCUCCUGCUCUGCCUCCGGUUCCGUCCUGGAAGGUCCCGGCGUCUCCUGCUCUGCCUCCGGCUCCGCCCUGGAGGGCUCCUGCGCCUCCUGCUCUGCCUCCGGCUCCGCCCUGGAGGGCUCCUGCGCCUCCUGCUCUGCCCUGGAGGGCUCCGGUGCCUCCUGUUCCGCCUCCGGCGGCGCCCUGGAGGGCCCCUGUGCCUCCUGCACCGCCUCCGGCUCCACCCUGGUGGGCUCCUGCUCUGUCGGUCCUGCCCCAGUCACCUGGUCCUCUGCACGGACCUGGCCCUCCAGCCCUUGCCCUGUCUCACCCCCGCCCCACCGCUCCGCUGGAAUAUGGUUCGUUUGUAGCGUCUGGAAGCCGCUCUUUGGGAGGGGGCUAUGUUACGAAUCUGGUCGGUGAGCUGCGGACCGCUCACCACCAGAUGUCGCUCUCCCUCUGUUUACACACUCUGACUGUUGCACUACACCCCGGACUCCAUUCCCCAUCAGCCAUUGCACUACACCCCCGUCCAAUCAGAGACAGUAUAAAAGCCCCGAUCUUUCUGUCACUCACCGCCGAGUAUUGUACUGUGUUUAUCUGGUCAUACGAAGCGUUUCUCUGUGUUCACCCCGUGUCGUGUCUUUCUGUUAUUCUGGCUCCUCGUCUGGUUUGUCUCGACCCCCCCGCCUGUUUAUCGACUACUCUCUGCCUAGCCCUUAUACACCUGUCUGCUCCUGUCUGACCACGCCUGCCUUGACCAUGUCUCUGUCCAAAUCCUUCAAUAAAAGCGUGCAAAUGGA